AUGGCAACGGACGAGUCCAUACUUCCGGGGGUCCAGAUGGAAGUGAACGAUCCAAGGUUUGAUUUUCUCCAAGACUACACACUGAAGACCCUGAAGCUGAAACUUGAUAAGUGGUCCAAAUUCAUCAGUGCAGAAGAGAACAGAAUACUGCUGCAAGAAUUCUUAGACAAGGCUGAGAACAUAAACUUGGUGAUCUCUGCUAACUCUGCCGGCGCUUUGGCCGCUGCGGACGAGUUUCCCACCUCCUUGAAGAACAAGGCAGUUUACUUUGUGAAGAAAGAAAAAGGAACAGUCACUAAGGACGCAAUCAAGACAUUUCUAAGUUAUGGAGACUUGUCUUACGCACCACUGGACCAGCUCUCAGCACUAGUGGACGACAUUGUUGUCCCCCUGCUGUCUAACUUCCGUAACCACGAUGCGUGGCCGACCGUGGUGUCGCAGGACGUUCUGCGCCACGUGCACAACCUGAAGAACAGCGUCUACGUCGUCGCCGGCCAGGUCAAGGGAAAAACACUCCUGCCUCUCCCUGUGGGAACUGAGAGAGUGGAACAGGCCAUCGAUGUGGACGAAAAGUAGCCGUUUGACCGUGCCCUGCUGCACUCGGUUGAGUCGGUCAUCAUUGACUGGAGCCAUCAGAUCCGUGACGUCCUGCGGCGAGACUCCGCCCAGCCCCUGCUCGCCGGACAGAACCCCCUGCCCUACGUCGAGCUGGACUUCUGGAAGGCUAAGGCUGCCAACCUGCAGUGCAUCUAUGAACAGCUACGAGAACCCAAAGUUCGGAAGAUGGCAGAACUCCUUGAGAGAGCCAACAGCAGCUACUUCCCCUCCUUCAAGGCCAUCUUUAAGGAUGUUGUGGCAGCCCUGACAGAGGCUCAAGACAUCACCCUGCACCUGAAGCCCCUGAGGCGGCACUUCGAGGACCUGGAGGAGCUGGAGUUCUGUGACGCCUCGCCGCUGCUGAAGCCCCUCUGGCACACGGUCUGUCUGGUCUGGAGCCACUCCCAGUACUACUGCAACCCCGCACGCAUCAUAGUACUGCUACAGGAGGUCAACAACCUCAUCAUUGAACUGGCGAGGACCUUCCUCCAGCCAGAGGAGAUCUUUAAGGGUGAGAUUGAGGAGUCACUGGACAAGGUGCGUAAGGCAGCAGAUGUCAUCGAGCUGUGGAGAGACAUGUACGAGGAACACAAGCAGUCACUCAACAGUUACUUUAAGGAAGGGAAGGAGGCUGUAGAGUGGGAGUUUAACCGCAGUAUGGUGUUCACACGGCUGGACAGCUUUGCUGAGAGACUCAAAGUUGUGCUGGACCUGUUUGAGACAGCGACAGAGUUUAACAAGCUGGAGAAGGUGGAGUUUGCCGGUGUGAAGGGCAAGUCUCUCAGUCAGCAGGUCGUCUCCAUCUUUGAUGAGUUCCAGGACUGCUUCAAGGUGUUUGUGGACAGCAACUACGACAGUCUGGACCCCAAGAAUGAUGAGUUCAUGGCAGACUACAAGCGGUUCACAGACAGGAUCUACGACCUGGACCGCCGGCUCGGCGCUAUCAUCUGUCAGGCUUUCGACGACUGCUCUGGCAUCGAGGCCAUCUUCAAGCUGCUGGACAUCUUCGGCUCCCUCCUGGAGCGACCAAUCAUCACGGAGGACACCAACAGCCGCUAUCCCACAAUCCUCAGCAUGUACGACCGUGACCUCGACACAGCGAAACAGAUGUACGAUCGGUACAUGGCCGAGGAGAAGGCUAACGGAGGGAUCCCUCCAGUACACAAGAACAUGCCACCUAUCGCAGGUGCCCUGAAAUGGACCCAGGAGCUGAGAGACCGAAUCACCCAGCCCAUGUCUAACCUGAAGAACCUGAACCACCCCUGUAUGGACGGGGAGAAGGCUCGCCUCAUGCUCACCAAGUACGAUGAGAUGAUGGAGCUACUCAAAAACUAUGAGAAGGCGUGUUACCAGAAGUGGGCAGACGGCGUGGCGGAGGCAUGCCAGUUCAACCUGGAACAACCACUCAUCACUCGUAAUGGGGAGACGAAACUCAUCAGCGUUAACUUCAGCCCUCAGCUUGUAGCUGUCCUGCGGGAGGUUAAGUACUUAGAGAAUCUCCAGCGGUCGGACAUACCGGACACCGCAGCCGAGAUCUACGCCAAGAAUGAGACCUUCCGCAAAUACCGCGCCAACCUGGACCUCACCGUGGCCUGGUACAACAAGGUGCGUGAGAAUGUUCUGGAGGUAGAGUUCCCUCUGAUCGAAGACCAGCUGGCUGAGAUCGACAACCAGCUCUCCCGCGCCGAGGUCAGCCUCUCAUGGAAGGACGACGGUGUGUGGGAGUACAUCCAGGAGACGAGAGACAUGGUCCACGACCUGGAGAUGCGCGUCUUCAAGGCCAAGACCAACCUGGAGAACGUCCAGAAGAUCAUGGAGCAGUGGUGCACGGCUCCGCUGUACGAGCGUAAGGACGGGAAGGAGGUGAGCCUGCUGAACCUGGACGAUCGCGAGGAGAGGCUCGCCAAGCGGUACGCCGAGACCAAGGAGUCUGGGAACAAGAUUCACGACCUGGUCAAGGAAAAUCUUGGGUUCUUCAAGGCAGAGGAAGACACAGACAUCUGGCGAGCGUAUGUGGACUAUGUGGACGACAUGGUGGUGGACGGAUUCUUCAACGCCAUCCACUGUUCUCUCAACUUCCUGCUGGACAUCAUGGGAGCCAAGGGACAGGUGUCUCCACUGUUUGAGUCCCGUCUUGAGCUGCGAGCGCCUGACAUGGUGUUCGAGCCUUCGCUGGAGUUCCGCGCCGAGGACGGCUUCUACGACCUCAUGGAGAUGAUCAUCAACGACAUCUACAAGCUGGCCUCACUGGUGCCGAGACUGGCAGCACACAGUGGCAUUGAACACUACCAGCCUGAUCUGGAGGAGAUGGACGACUUGUCAGACAUGAGGCAGGAGCUGAUGGACUGUGUCCAGUCUGUCAUGAACCAGGCUCUGGAGUACAGGAACUCGUUUGACACGUACGCGUACCUGUGGGUGGAUGACCGUAACGAGUUCAUGCGACAGUUCCUGCUGUACAACCACGUGCUCACUCCCGAGGAGAUCGAAGCUCACGCAGAGGAGGGCGUACCAGAGUGCCCGCCGACUCUCGAGCAGUUCAAGGAACAGAUUGACACGUAUGAGAAGAUCUACGAUGACCUGACCCAGGUAGCCCCCACGCGGGUGUUUGAUCAGUGGUUCCGCGUCGACAUCAAACCCUUCAAGCAGGGUCUGCUGAACACCGUCAAACGCUGGAGCCUGCUGUUCAAACAACACCUCAUCGACCAUGUCACCAACAGCUUGCAAGAGCUGUCCGACUUCAUCAACGUGGCGAAUGCAGGUCUGUCCCAGGAGGUGGAGGAGGGAGACUACGACGGGCUGGUGGGGGUCAUGGGUCAUCUCAUGGCCGUACGCGACCGGCAGGCCACGACAGACGAAAUGUUUGAGCCGCUGAAGCACACCAUCGAGCUGCUGAAGACUUACGACCAGGAGAUGUCAGAGGAGGUCCACACUCAGCUACAGGAACUGCCAGAACAGUGGAACAACUCUAAGAAGGUAGCGAUCCAGGUGAAACAGCAGGUGGCACCACUGCAGGCUAAUGAGGUGGCCAUCAUCCGCAGGAAAUGUGCUUCGUUCGACGUGAAGCAACAUGAGUUCAGAGAAGUGUUCCGUAAGCUGGAGGCCUUCAGGUUUGACUGUCAGGAACCCUACAGUAUCCUGGAUAAGUGUAACGCUGACAUCACAGACAUGGAACAGGAGAUGGCGGCCCUCCAGGCCUCGGCAGGGUUAUUCGAGGUCAACGUGCCGGACUACAAACAACUCAAGCAGUGCAGGAAGGAGAUCAAAAUGCUCAAGACCCUGUGGGACAUGAUCAUCCUGGUCCUGACCAGUACAGACGACUGGAAAACCACUCUGUGGAAGGACAUUAACGUGGAGCAGAUGGAAAUGGACAGCAAGAAGUUUGCUAAGGACAUCAGGAGUCUGGACAAGGAGAUGAGAGCAUGGGACUCGUUCAUCGGCCUAGACAACACGGUGAAGAACAUGCUGACUUCCCUGCGCGCCGUGGGAGAGCUGCAGAACCCAGCCAUCAGGGAGAGACACUGGCAGCAACUCAUGCAGGCUACUAAGGUUAAGUUCAUCAUGGAUGACAGCACGACCCUUGCCGACCUGCUGGCUCUGAACCUGCACAACUUUGAGGACACGGUCAGGGACAUCGUGGACAAGGCCGUCAAGGAGAGCGGCAUGGAGAAGGUCCUGAAGGAGCUUGACGUGACGUGGAAGUCAAUGGAGUUUGAGAACGAGAAGCACGCCCGCACCGGCGUCACGCUGCUCAAGGCCAGCGAGGAGCUCAUUGAGACCCUGGAGGACAACCAGGUGCAACUGCAGAACCUGAUGACGUCCAAGUACAUCGCCCACUUCCUGGAGGAGGUGUCAGGCUGGCAGAAGAAGCUGUCCACGGCAGACUCCGUCAUCUCCAUCUUCUUCGAGGUCCAGCGUACCUGGUCUCAUCUCGAGAGCAUCUUCAUCGGCUCUGAGGACAUCAGGUCACAGUUGCCUGAAGACUCCAAGAGGUUUGAUGGCAUAGAUGUGGACUUCAAGGCUGGUUUAGAAGAACUGGUAGCUACCCCCAACGUGGUCCAGGCUACCAACAAGAAGGGACUGUACGAGAAACUCGAAGCACUGCAGGGAGGGCUGACCCUAUGUGAGAAGGCCCUUGCUGAGUACCUGGAGACCAAACGUCUGGCCUUCCCCAGGUUCUACUUCGUGUCCUCGGCUGACCUUCUGGACAUCCUGUCCAACGGCAACCAGCCUGUUGUGGUGUCCAAGCACCUGUCUAAGCUGUUUGACAACAUGGUGAAGCUGAAGUUUGAGGAGGACUCCGCCGGGGAGCCCACCAAGAUGGCGGUGGGGAUGUACAGUGGGGAGGGCGAGUAUGUGGACUUCGAUCAGCAGUGCGACUGCAACGGACAGGUUGAGGUCUGGUUGAACCGGCUGAUGGACAGGAUGAGGGAGACAGUGAGACUGGUCUGUGCUGAGUCAGUCAUCACUUACGAGGAGAAGCCGCGCGACCAGUGGCUGUUUGACUACUGUGCACAGCCUGCACUGACAGUGAACCAGAUCUGGUGGAACACGGAGGUCGUCAUCACGUUCGGCCGGCUGGAGGAGGGCUAUGAGAACGCCAUGAAGGAGUUCAACAAGAAACAGAUCAACCAGCUGAACCAGUUGAUCACCCAUCUCCUUGGAGAGUUGACCAGAGGAGACAGACAGAAGAUCAUGACCAUCUGUACCAUCGAUGUGCACAACCGAGACGUGGUGCAGAAAAUGAUCCUGAACAAGACGGAAACGGCACAGGCCUUCCUCUGGCAGAGUCAGCUCAGACACAGAUGGGAUGAGAACCAGAAGCACUGUUUUGCCAACAUCUGUGACGCCCAGUUUAAGUACUCGUACGAAUACCUGGGCAACACCCCUCGUCUGGUCAUCACUCCUCUUACUGACAGAUGUUACAUCACGCUGACCCAGUCUCUCCAUCUGAUCAUGGGAGGAGCGCCCGCCGGGCCCGCAGGUACGGGGAAAACCGAGACCACCAAGGAUCUGGGGCGAGCCCUCGGCAUCAUGGUAUACGUGUUCAACUGCUCUGAACAGAUGGACUACAAGUCUUGCGGGAACAUCUUCAAGGGUCUGUCUCAGACGGGAGCGUGGGGCUGCUUCGACGAGUUUAACCGCAUCUCCGUGGAGGUUCUGUCUGUGGUGGCCGUACAGGUCAAGUCCAUUCAGGACGCCAUCAGGGACAAGAAGAAGAGGUUUGACUUCAUGGGAGAGGAUAUCAGCUUGGUGCCGACUGUGGGCAUGUUCAUCACCAUGAACCCUGGGUAUGCAGGCAGAACUGAGCUGCCUGAAAACCUCAAGUCUCUCUUCAGACCCUGUGCCAUGGUGGUGCCAGAUUUUGAGCUGAUUGCUGAGAUCAUGUUGGUGGCUGAAGGCUUCAUGGAUGCCCGACUGCUGGCCAGGAAGUUCAUCACCCUGUACUCACUGUGUAAGGAGCUGCUGUCAAAACAGGACCAUUAUGACUGGGGUCUGCGUGCCAUUAAGUCUGUGCUGGUGGUGGCCGGCGCUCUGAAACGUGGAGACCCCACCCGCCCUGAAGACCAGGUUCUGAUGCGAGCCCUGCGUGACUUCAACCUGCCGAAGAUCGUGACAGACGACGUUCCCGUGUUCAUGGGCCUGAUCGGCGACCUGUUCCCCGCCCUGGACGUACCCCGCAAACGAGACCUGGACCUCGAGGCACUGGUCAAGAAGUCCACCACGGACCUGAAGCUCCAGCCGGAGGACAACUUUGUCCUGAAGGUGGUGCAGUUUGAUGAGCUUCUGGCUGUCAGGCACUCCGUGUUCGUGUUGGGGAACGCAGGCACUGGAAAGAGUCAGGUGAUCCGGACACUGAUCAAGACCUACGCCAACCAGAAGCGAAAGCCCAUGAUGGUGGACCUGAACCCGAAAGCCGUAACCAACGAUGAGCUGUUCGGCAUCAUCAACCCGGCCACGCGAGAGUGGAAGGACGGGCUGUUCUCCACCAUCAUGCGCGACCUCGCAAACCUCACCUCCGACGGGCCGAAAUGGAUUGUACUGGACGGAGACAUUGACCCCAUGUGGAUCGAGUCUCUCAAUACUGUCAUGGACGACAACAAGGUGUUGACCCUGGCUAGUAACGAGCGCAUCCCCCUGAACCCCACCAUGCGCCUGGUGUUUGAGAUCAGUCAUCUGAAGACUGCCACCCCCGCCACCGUGUCCCGUGCAGGAAUCCUCUACAUCAACCCACAGGACCUGGGGUGGAACCCUGUGGUUACGAGCUGGAUCGACACGCGGGAGGUCCAGUCAGAGCGAGCAAACCUCACCAUCCUGUUUGACAAGUACCUGCCAACGUGUCUGGAGGUCAUGAAGGGCAGGUUUAAGAAGAUCAUCCCAAUCCCAGAGAUGAGCAUGGUGCAGAUGUUGUGCCACCUGCUGGAGUGUCUGCUCACACCUGAGAACACUCCACCUGACUGCAACAAGGAACUGUACGAGCUCUACUUUGUCUUCGCGGCCGUCUGGGCUUUUGGAGGGUCGUUGUUCCAGGACCAGCUGACAGACUAUCGUGUGGAGUUCAGUAAAUGGUGGGCCACGGAGUUUAAGACGGUGAAGUUCCCCUCGCAGGGCACCGUGUUCGACUACUUCAUCGACCCCGAGACGAAGAAGUUCCUCCCCUGGCAGGACAAGGUGGCCAAGUUCGAGCUGGACCCGGACAUCCCGCUACAGGCUGUCCUUGUGCAUACGGCAGAAACCACGCGUAUCCGGUACUUCAUGGACAUGCUGAUGGUGAACCGGCGCCCGGUCAUGCUGGUCGGGAACGCUGGCCUCGGCAAGUCUGUACUGGUCGGUGACAAGCUCAACAGCCUCAGCGAGGACUACAUGGUGGCCAACGUUCCGUUCAACUUCUACACAACAUCUGCUAUGCUGCAAACUGUACUAGAGAAGCCUCUGGAGAAGAAGGCCGGCCGUAACUAUGGCCCACCCGGCAACAAGAGACUCAUCUACUUCAUCGAUGACAUGAACAUGCCGGAGGUGGACACCUACUUCACUGUGCAGCCACACACCUUGAUCCGCCAGCACAUGGACUACAGCCACUGGUAUGACCGUGUUAAGCUGAGUCUAAAAGACGUGCACAACUGCCAGUACGUGGCCUGCAUGAACCCCACGGCUGGAAGCUUCACCAUCAACCCUCGGCUGCAGCGACACUUCUGCGUCUUCGCGCUCAGUUUCCCCGGGCUGGACGCGCUGCAGCACAUCUACACACAGAUCCUGGCGCAGCAUCUUACACAGAACGGUUUUGCCAACUCGGUACAGAAGGCUGCCGGAACGUUGGUCAAUGCAGCGCUUGGAUUGCACUCCAAAAUCACCGCCUCCUUCCUGCCGACCGCCAUCAAGUUCCACUAUGUUUUCAACCUGAGGGACCUGUCCAACAUCUUCCAGGGCAUGUUGUUCUCCAUGCCAGACUGUGUGAAGGCACCUCUGGACCUGGUCAGACUCUGGCUACACGAGGCCUCCAGAGUCUACGGGGACAAACUCAUCGAAGACAAGGACAUGGAGGCCUUCGCCAAGCUCCAGGUCGACUAUGCCAAGAAGUACUUUGAGGACAUGAAUGAGGACGACAUCAAGAGACAGCCGAACAUGUACUGCCACUUUGCCACGGGUAUCGGUGACCCCAAGUACAUGCCUGUGCCGUCCUGGGAUGAGCUAAACAAGCUGCUGACCGAGGCGCUCGACAACUACAACGAAAUCAACGCUGCCAUGAACCUGGUGCUGUUCGAGGACGCCAUGCAGCACAUAUGCCGUAUCAACCGUAUCCUGGAGUCACCACGAGGUAACGCCCUGCUGGUGGGAGUGGGAGGCAGUGGCAAGCAGAGUCUGUCCCGUCUGGCUGCCUUCAUCAGCAGCCUGGAGGUCUUCCAGAUCACCCUCAGGAAGGGCUACGGCAUCCCUGAUCUCAAGCUGGACAUUGGAGCCCUGUACAUCAAGGCAGGUCUGAAGAACAUCGGGACCAUGUUCCUGAUGACGGACGCCCAAGUCCCGGACGAACGUUUCCUCGUGCUCAUCAACGAUCUGCUGUCCACCGGAGAGAUCGCCGAGCUGCUGCCGGAUGAUGAGGUCGAAAACAUCAUAGGAGGUGUCCGUAAUGAAGUGAAGGGCAUGGGUCUGCUGGACUCCAGGGAAAACUGCUGGAAAUUCUUCAUCGACAGAGUCAGGAAAAACCUCAAGGUUGUUCUGUGUUUCUCCCCCGUUGGCACCACCCUGCGUGUGCGCAGCCGUAAGUUCCCCGCCGUGGUGAACUGCACCUGUAUCGACUGGUUCCACGAGUGGCCUCAGGAGGCUCUCAGAUCCGUCAGCAACAGGUUCCUGGGAGAGACCGAGGGAAUACCUAACGAGGUGAAGUCUUCUGUAGCUGAGUUCAUGGCGUACGUGCACACCAGCGUGAACGAGAUGUCCCGCGUGUACCUGCAGAACGAGCGCCGCUACAACUACACCACGCCCAAGUCCUUCCUGGAGCAGAUCAUCCUGUACCAGAACCUGCUGCGCAAGAAGGGCAAGGAGCUGCAGGGCAAGAUGGAACGCCUGGAGAACGGGCUGCAGAAGCUGCAGAGUACUGCAGCACAGGUGGAUGACCUGAAGGCCAAGCUUGCCUCCCAGGAAGUGGAGCUCAAGCAGAAAAACGAGGACGCAGACAAGCUCAUCCAGGUCGUCGGCGUGGAAACCGAGAAGGUCAGCAAGGAGAAGGCCAUCGCUGACGAGGAGGAGAAAAAGGUUGCCAUCAUUAACCAUGAGGUGAGUGAGAAGGCAGCAUCCUGCGAGGCUGAUCUGGCCAAGGCUGAACCUGCCCUCCUCGCCGCGCAGGCCGCUCUGGACACGCUCAACAAGACCAACCUCACCGAGCUCAAGUCCUUCGGUUCCCCGCCGGCUGCUGUGAUAAACGUGACAGCCGGAGUAAUGGUGCUGCUUGCACCAGGAGGCAAGGUGCCAAAAGACAGGAGCUGGAAGGCAGCCAAGGUGGUCAUGGCCAAGGUUGAUGACUUCCUGAACCAGCUGGUGAACUAUGACAAGGAGAACGUCCACGAGAACUGUCAGAAGGCCAUCCAGCCGUACCUCGCCGACAAGGAGUUUGACCCUGACUUCAUCCGCGCCAAGUCACAGGCUGCAGCAGGUCUGUGUGCCUGGGUGAUCAACAUCAUGAAGUUCUACGAGGUUUACUGCGACGUGGAGCCGAAGAGAAUCGCGCUGAACCAGGCCAACGCUGAGCUGGCGGCCGCACAGGACAAACUCGCUACCAUCAAGGCCAAGAUUCAGGAACUGGAUGCUAACCUGGCAGAGCUGACAGCUGCGUUUGAGAAGGCCACGGCCGAGAAGCUGCGCUGUCAGGAGGAGGCUGAGAGCACACAGAGGACCAUCUCUCUCGCUAACAGACUCGUUGGCGGCCUUGCGUCUGAGAACGUGCGUUGGGCGGAGUCUGUGGCCCAGUUUAAGGAGCAGGAGAAGAUGCUGGUGGGAGAUGUGCUGCUCAUCACGGCCUUUGUGUCGUACGUCGGCUGCUUCACCAAGAAGUACCGCAUGGACCUCAUGGACGACCGCUGGCUGCCCUUCAUGAAGGGACUCAAGGUGCCCAUCCCCAUCACCCCUGAGCUGGACCCCCUCUCCAUGCUGACGGACGAUGCCGACAUCGCCAGCUGGAACAACGAGGGGUUGCCUAGCGACCGCAUGUCCACCGAGAACGCCACCAUCCUGUCCAACUGUGAGCGCUGGCCGCUCAUGAUCGACCCACAGCUCCAGGGCAUCAAGUGGAUCAAGCAGAAGUACGGCACCGACCUGAAGGUGGUGAGACUCGGACAGAGGGGUUACCUUGAUGUGAUAGAGCGGGCCCUGUCAGACGGAGACACGGUGCUGAUAGAGAACCUGGAAGAGGAGACAGACCCGGUUCUGGACCCUGUGCUGGGCAGGAACACCAUCAAGAAGGGACGCUACAUCAAAAUCGGAGACAAGGAGUGCGAGUACAACCCUAACUUCCGUCUGAUCCUGCACACCAAGCUGGCCAACCCUCACUACAAGCCGGAGAUGCAGGCUCAGUCCACCCUCAUCAACUUCACUGUGACCAGGGACGGCCUGGAGGACCAGUUACUGGCUGAAGUGGUACGCUGCGAGAGGCCUGAUCUCGAGACACUCAAGAGCGAGCUGACACGUCAGCAGAACGAGUUUAAGAUCACACUGAAGGGUUUGGAGGACAACCUUCUGUCCCGCCUGUCCUCCGCCGAGGGAAACUUCCUUGGGGACACCGCACUGGUGGAGAACCUGGAGACAACCAAGCGCACGGCCGCCGAGAUCGAGGUUAAGGUUAACGAGGCGAAGGUAACGGAGGUGAAGAUUAACGAAGCGCGUGAGUGGUACCGACCCGCCGCCGCCCGAGCCUCUCUCCUCUUCUUCAUCCUAAACGACCUGAACAAGAUCAACCCGCUCUACCAGUUCUCUCUCAAGGCCUUCAGCGUUGUGUUCAACAAGGCCAUCGAACGUGCUACGCCAUCUGAGGAGGUCAAAGUGCGUGUGGUGAACCUGAUUGACUCCAUCACCUGGUCCGUGUUCAUCUACACGACACGUGGUCUGUUUGAGCGGGACAAGCUCACCUUCACCGCACAGGUGGCCUUCCAGGUCCUCCUGAUGCAGAAGCUGAUCAACCCUGCGGAGCUGGACUUCCUUCUGCGCUUCCCCGCCCAGGUGAACGUCACCUCACCUGUCGACUUCCUGUCGCACAACAGCUGGGGAGGAGUCAAGGCCCUGUCCCAGAUGGACGAGUUCCGUAACUUUGACCGUGACAUUGAGGGUUCCGCCAAGCGUUGGAAGAAGUUUGUGGAGAGUGAGUGUCCGGAGAAGGAGAAGUUCCCACAAGAGUGGAAGAACAAAACAUCGCUGCAGAAACUCUGCAUGAUGCGCGCCCUGCGCCCUGACAGGAUGAUGUAUGCCGUCAGGAACUAUGUGGAAGAGAAGCUUGGCACGCAGUACGUAGAGGGACGCAGCAUCGAGUUCGCCAAGUCCUACGAGGAGAGCGGCCCGGAGACCCCCAUGUUCUUCAUCCUGUCACCGGGCGUAGACCCUCUCAAGGACGUCGAGGCGCACGGGAAGAAGAUCGGCUUCACCUUCGACAACCGGAACUUCCACAACGUGUCCUUGGGCCAAGGUCAGGAGAUCGUGGCGGAACAGGCGCUGGACCUGGCUGCCGUGGAGGGGCACUGGGUCAUCCUGCAGAACGUCCAUCUUGUGGCGAAGUGGCUGGGCACCCUGGAGAAGAAGCUGGAAAAGUACAGUGUGGGCAGCAACGAGGCGUAUCGCGUCUUCAUCUCGGCCGAGCCAGCCGCAUCCGCCGACUCCCACAUCAUCCCACAGGGCAUCCUGGAAUCCUCCAUCAAAAUCACCAACGAGCCGCCCACUGGCAUCCAGGCCAACCUGCACAAGGCAUUCAACAACUUCAACCAGGAAACUUUGGAGAUGUGCGCCCGUGAGAGCGAGUUCAAGUGCAUCCUGUUCGCCAUCUGCUACUUCCACGCGGUGGUGGGUGAGCGGCUGAAGUUCGGGCCUCAGGGCUGGAACCGUCCGUACCCCUUCAACACUGGAGACCUCACCAUCUCAGCCAUGGUGCUCUACAACUACCUGGAGGCCAACGCUAAGGUUCCCUGGGAGGACCUGCGUUACCUGUUUGGUGAGAUCAUGUACGGAGGACACAUCACUGACGACUGGGACCGCAAACUCUGCAGGACUUACCUGGAGGAAUAUCUACACCCUGAUAUGCUUGACGGAGAGCUAUCGCUGGCCCCGGGUUUCCCCGUGCCUCCAAACUCUGACUACAACGCCUACCACCAGUACAUCGACGACGUUUUGCCUCCCGAGAGUCCGUAUCUGUACGGCCUGCACCCGAACGCGGAGAUCGGGUUCCUGACCACCACGUCGGAGAAGCUGUUCCAGACUGUCCUGGAGAUGCAGCCUCGCGAUGCCGGGGCAGGGGGAGGGGCAGGAGCUACCAGGGAGGAGAAGGUGAAAGGCGUGCUUGACGAGAUCGUGGAGAAGCUUCCGGAGGAGUUCAACAUGGCGGAGAUCAUGGCGAAGGCGGAGGAGCGCACGCCGUACGUGGUCGUCGCGUUCCAGGAGUGCGAACGCAUGAACAUGCUCACUAAGGAGAUCCGACGCUCACUCAAGGAACUGGAUCUCGGACUCAAGGGAGAACUGACCAUCACCUCUGACAUGGAGGACCUCUCCAACGCGCUGUUCCUCGACAACGUGCCGGACUCGUGGACCAAGCGCGCCUACCCGUCGCUCAACGGCCUGGCCGCCUGGUACGCCGACCUGCUCCAGCGAAUCAAGGAGCUCGAGCAGUGGACGUCUGACUUCAACCUCCCCGCGGCGGUCUGGCUGGGAGGCUUCUUCAACCCGCAGUCUUUCCUCACUGCCAUCAUGCAGAGCAUGGCCCGUAAGAACGAGUGGCCGCUGGACAAGAUGUGUCUGCAGUGUGACGUCACGAAGAAGAACCGGGAGGACUUCAGCUCGCCUCCCCGCGAGGGCUCGUACAUCCAUGGGCUGUUCAUGGAGGGAGCGCGCUGGGACACUCAGACUGGUCUGAUCGCAGACUCCCGACUGAAGGAGCUCACCCCGAACAUGCCCGUCAUCUUCAUCAAGGCCAUCCCGGUGGACCGCCAGGACACCAAGAACGUGUACGAGUGUCCCGUCUACAAGACGCGCCAGCGCGGCCCCACCUUCGUCUGGACCUUCAACCUCAAAACCAAGGAGAAGCCAGCAAAGUGGGUCCUGGCAGGCGUGGCGCUGCUGCUCGCCGUGUAAAAACCGGACGUAACCGGCUCCUACCAGAUUGCGCUGGUUAGAACCGGUCACAACUGCUUUGCAACUUUUCCUCUGAUUCAGCUACUACCACCUGUUAGAAUGUAAAACCGACUGUAACCUGUUUCAACCGGAUUGAACCAUGUAAAGGGUCUGUUUCAUUUUCUGUGUUUCUUUUAAAUGCGGAAUCAACCAGUUCCAACUGGAUUGAACUGGGUGGAGCCGGUCACAACUGCUUUGCAACCUUCCAUUUGAUUCAGAUACUACCACCUGUUAGCACGUAAAACCGGCCAUAGGCAGUUUCAGCCAGAUGUAACCGGUUACAGCCUUAUACACGAAUUGUGGACCUUAAAAAUAUUCUAAGUGUCAUUCCUAUAAUAAAAGUUCCGUCCAAGUUUAAAAAACACUCUUGAAUCAAAAACUAAGGUGAUCUGAACCUUAUUUGUUGCUGCUGGUUAAAAAUGUUUUUUUUUCAUGCUGCAAAUUUUCGUUAUAUAUAUUGGAGCUGACAGUGUUUUGGGGUGCAAGACAUUUAAACUUGUUUAAAUGCGUUCACGUGUUUUGAAAUAAUAUUAUGUGAAGAUACAAAGGUUUAGAGUAAUCACAAAUGGUGAAGAUAUCUGGUGACUGUGUUGAAUAUUGUUUGUGAUUUAUAAAGUGAAUAUGUUUCAUUAUAAGUACCAUCUAAAGUUGUUAUUUUGUUACCAUGGCUUUUUGUGUUCUUAUCUCUACAUACACAUGACAAAAUAUUCAGUGUGGGCCGAAAAUUGCACAAUUGUGUGACCAUGCAAAGUAUAGACAUGAUGCUGCAUAAUAUCAAAUAAUACAUUCAUCUGAUGUAGUGCAAUUGUGACAUUAUAAUGUUUGAUAUGGGAUCUUGUUGUUUGACAAUUUACACCUAUGACUACAGAAAAAUAUAUCUUGUGUCACUGGUGGGUAUUACACAUGGGGUUUGUGUUCAGGUACAUGUUUGUUUUCUGUAUAUUGAAUAUUUGAAUGAUCGUUAAAGGUGUGGAAGGUUGUGAUAUCGAAAAGAACUUAUGAAGUUGUACAAAGAAUUUUGGAAGUGUUGAAUAAAAAA